UUAUGAGGAAUGAAUUCCGCUGUCAUGACCAGGGAUACCAUAGGACAGCACCAACGUCAAUACAGCGAUAUUGAUUACAAAGCAGGACAAGAACUGAUUAAGAGUUGAAAAAAAUAUGUCAAAUAUUGUUUUUCUGUAGCCUUGACGGGACGAUUUCAGAGACUACUCAUGAAAACAGGAGUCAACGGGAUAGAGAAAAUGACAUUGUGUGAGAAGAUUUCCCAAGCACAGAAUACAUAGAAUGUAUUUGUAACAUAAACUACGUGGGGUUUGCUUCGGACAAUAUAACUCAUGUUACAAACCUGUAAUAAACAUUACAGAAGAUUUAUGUUUUGUUUCCAGAGCCAGGAUAAAGACUGGUCAUAUGUAAAUUAUUGAAAAUGUGUGACUAUCGCCCUUGAAACUUUGCUUUGUGACAGGACCACAACAGUGACUAUUGAUCACGUGUUACCGUGAUCAAAUCAGAGAAUCUCAUUUGAAAUCAUUUUACGAGUCUGAACUAGAUAUUUAUAUAUUAUGUUAACUCGACCACUUCAGAAAGUACUAGAGAAUUAAAAUUACCCGUAAUAUUUAUCUGAUUGUUUUUCAACUAAGGUUAAGAGGAUCAUGUAAGAGACAAUCGGUGAACUGAUAUUAAUUGGAUCUCGUCAGGGAGUGUGUAUGAAUCACAGUUUUGUACAACAUAGAACAACAUAGAAGAGAUCAUUUUGUACGUGUGAGACAAAGCUUAAACAGAACAGACCGUGUGCACACUUUUCAUGGUAGAAAUUAAAGACUGAUAGAUAUUUAGGCAUUGUGUCAGGCGAGCAAGAUUGGAACAUACUACUUUUUAAAGUUGUCAGCUGUUUCGUGAGCGCCCCAUAUUGGAGAGAGAGCAAGAGACUACGCGGGUGGAAUCACAAAACAUGUGUUUGAAAACGAAUGAAUGUGUUUAAAAAGGGAACAAAACACAACGUGAAAACAGUUUUUGGGAAAUACAAAUGAUAAACACCAUGGGAGACUCGAACAUAUACCAGGCCUUGACCACAGACUCAAGUCUCUCUCUGGCCACGACUUUCUAUAAUAACUCAGACAUGGUCACUUCACCGCCUAUGACAGGCAACAGUUCUUCCAAUGCAACGAAAAGAGAGAUCAUCAAAUUCUGGCGUUCAACAGCGUUCGGACUUGGCGGGACUGUCGUUUGUUGCAUAGGAAUCAUCUGCAACAUCACUGCCAUUUUGGUAUUGGCAAAUUUCAAGAACAAAUCGUCUGCACCAGUGCUGCUCAUGUGCCUUGCAGUGAGUGACACUGCCUAUCUUACUUCCAGAAUGUUCCUGGAGACAAUUCCCAGCCUGAUUUUUAACAAUUACAUAGACCCCAGCUACCGAGAAAAUGUUUUGCCUAGCGUCUGUGUCAUGUUUCCAGCAUACUUGGUAGCUCAGUGCUUGGGCAUCUACACUGUGCUUAUCAUUACCCUGGAGAGGUACACAGUCAUCGUUUGGCCCUUCAAAGCCCACAAAAUGUGCAACCUGCGCACGUCUCUGUCUGCUGUGGCUUGUCUUCUGUGUCUGGUUAUAUUGUACCACAUACCCUUCUUCUUUGCCCACGAGUGUGUGGUCAAAUUAAACAACGCCACGCUCACUAACUCCACUGUGUUCCAACGGACAGACUUCGGCUUAAGUCACUUCUACGUUCACGUGUACUACAAGUGGAUCAAUCCCUGCGUCAUUUUUGCCUUCCCAUUCCUGGUGUUGGUGCUGUUCAACAGCAUGACGCUACACGCUCUUUGGCGGGACCGUCAAGCCACUUCCGCUGCACAGAACCGUGUUCAUCCCGAGCGCCGACUGACAGUGAUGGUGUUGUGUAUGACCGGAGCCUUUUUCCUGUUUGAGCUCAUGGCCGCCCUGGCGUUUGUGUUGACGUCAGGCAAUGACACGUACAUAGAGCUCACUGUGCCGUUGAUAAGAUUCACUGCCAUCUCGGACCUGGGUCUACUCACAAACUCGGCCGUCAACUUCCUCAUCUACUGCAGCACGGGCAAGAAAUUCCGGGACACGUUUCGCCAUCUCGCCUGCAAAUUCGUCCACAUUCUCUGCCCUUACUCACUCUCUCCGUGCCGGAAAAGGCAGGCCAAAUACAGGACGGGUCAUGAGUCGGAGGUUACUCACGCAACUACCGUCGCUAUUGGCUCCAAUUCAAACAUAAAUAUUUCGACCCCAGAGGUCAAGCUUAGAAAAUAUAAUGCGUCUGUUGAAGUCGAGAAAUGAUCCUCGGCCACGGAAAUUGGAUACUCACUCGCUUGUCCCUUGACUCGCGUCGUCGCAGGAAAAAGAAGGCAGAUGCUGAGAUGUUUCAUUAUGUCCCUGAGGCUGUCGAACCGUCGAGGAGUUCUCCGGCCGACAAACAUAUCCAUUCUUACAUGUUUUCAGACAAGACUUUUUUGUCGUCCUCUUUUUGGACUGCCUUCAACACUACCCUGCAAGACAGUUUUGAACGACUCUCUUGCAGGACUGUGUGACCGAACCAGUCGAGUUUUCUGCUCUUUGUCACAGCUAGUAGAAACUCGAUACAUUAGUUUUUAAAAAUAAAUAUUUUAUAGCUUGUUUACUUUCGUUUGUCCACGGUUCAAACAAAAUAGAUACAAAAUGCUCUAUUGCAUCUUCUCGGAUCUUUGCAUAUGGGUCUACAAGUUGGAUGACCAACAGAAUCUAGAAGUUACUACAAAAUAAAGUUCGGCACAUUUUCUUUGAUGAUAACCGUACACGGUUAUUUUUUUUAUCAAAGGGGAUUUACGGAUGCACCAAAAA